CGUUAGAAUAACAAUAUUCCCUGUUUUCAGACUUAUUUAAUCAAGAUGGCAUUCCGUACUGCAGCUUCCCUCUCUCUGCGUAGAAUGAUGUCUACUAGCGCCCCCAGAAAUGCUGACAUGGCCUUCACCUUCGCCGCCCCAAACGCCGUGCACUACAACGCUGCUGCUGUCAAGCAGAUCGAUGUUCCUUCCUUCAGCGGAUCUUUCGGUAUCCUCCCUGCCCACGUUCCUACUCUUGCAGUCCUUAAACCCGGUGUUGUCACUGUUUAUGAGGAGGAUGGAACAAGCAAGAAGUUUUUCGUUUCCUCCGGCUCCGUCACCAUAAAUGAAGAUUCUUCUGUUCAAAUUCUUGCUGAAGAGGCUCACCCGAUUGAGAACCUUGAUGCUGCCGGUGCAAGACAAGUUUUGGCUGAUGCCCAGGCUGCACUUAACGCCGCUAACACUGAAGUCGAAAGAGCGGAAGCACAGAUUGCCAUCGAGGUUGGAGAGGCUCUUGUCAGCGCUGCCCAGUAAUUAAAUAAAUUGUAACUUCUUGAAAUAAAUGUGUAGUGAGUGAAAUUAA